GAGUAGCUGAGAGCCGCGGGUUUGUUUACUCCCGUGUUCGUACCGCGUAAAGCACCAGAGUCCCAAAAAAUACUGUUUUAUUACGGACUGGUACAGAUUAUAAGCGUUUAAAGUGCUUAAAGAACAAAACCAAUCAACAAGAGAUGAAAACAAACAGGCUGAAAUAGCGAACUACAGACUUAGCUAGCUAGUUAGCCCGGAGCUAACAGUGGGUGUAAACAGAGCUAACAUGUCGGUGGACUCCUCGGUCAGUGUGUCGGUCCUGCAGUAUGAACUCGCCUCCACUAUAGAACAGGCGGUCCGGAGUGCUGUGGACACGGUACUAAAGGAAACAGCCCGGAUCGUGGGUGCCAAGCUAACCGAGGCCCGGGAUGCAGCCGCCGAGUCCCGCAGAGAGAACCGGAGCCUGCGGGACCGACUGGAGCUGACCGAGAGCGAGCUGAAGGCGAUGCGCUACUACAUGUCCGCCGCCGAGAAGAACAUCCAGCAGUGCCUGCUGCUCAACCCGAACCGACCCGCCGAUGACCCCCCGGUACAGUUUCCACCAGAACCGGCUUCUGCUACCCGCGACACACAGCCCAGAUCCAUCAGGAACCCGGGCAGGACUCUGAGCGCCAGAUCCGUGCCCAGUGUGGGUCUGUGUUUGCCCACCGUGCAGCCCGACUGGCCUCGUACCCUCAUAAACCGGAGAAGACUGCGCUCAUCCGGCGGUGGGAACUCCAGCUCCAGCUUCCAAAACCAGACUGGGAGAGCCCCAGUCCACCCAGAACCAGCCGUACCCAGAAGUGAGGAAGCACACGAGGAACAGUUUUACAUCGCAGAUCAAUCAGUCAUCAAUAAAGACUAUAACGCCUCUGCUGGUGGACUGCAGGAUUUCGGAAGGGCGCAGCAGGAGGAACAAAUGACCGUCGGCUCCUCCGCGAAGGGUCCCGAUAACGCUUGUGACAUCAGCAAGUUCGAGUUCGAGAUGGGCGCCCCGGCGGGUAACGUCAGCGAGCUGAGUCUCAUUCAGGUGAUGGACGCCAACGACGAGAUCAAGCAGAGCGCCGUCAAGGUCGAAGACGAAUCCGAUGUGCAGCUGAUCGACCCCCCGGCGCCAGCGUCCUCGUCUUCGUCCUCGAUGGCCGCCCCCGUGCCCGUCUGCGACGCGGAGGCGCCGCCGGGUCUGAUGCCUCCCGUAGAGGCCACGGAUAAAGUGCACCGGUGUAACAUCUGCGGCCGGGGCUUCCGACGCUUCUACUGCCUGAAGACGCACCAGCGCAUCCACACGGGCGAGCGGCCGUACCCCUGCCGCUACUGCGAGAAGCGCUUCCGGCACCUGGACAGCCUGCACAAGCACCAGCGCAUUCACACGGGCGAGCGGCCGUACCGGUGCGCGCAGUGCGGCUGCUGCUUUCGCGAACUCGGUCAGCUCAAGAAACACAGGCUGAAACACUCGCCCACUGCCGUCCCUCCACCCGCCGGCAACGCCCUGUCUAUCCCCCCCGGUUAUGGCGUCCAUCACCUGGCAGCAUCUCAACUCCCAGUCCAUGGAUUUGGUCUGAGUGUUGAUACUGAAACUGAAUCUGUGAUGUAGCAUCAUGUUGUUUUGAUAUAUUGGGACGCCACCAGCUGUCAGAGCAACUGCGUAGCGCCAGGCAGAAUCUGCGAGGCUCUGGAACUGUUCUGGAUGAGUAAAACUGUUCUUACAGUUGAUGUGUUGGCUGUAGCAUAUUCAUCAUUUUGUUACUCAUUAAACCAUUUAGUAUUCCCUCGUGCCUUGUGAAAAAAAGCGCUCCCAUCAGCAAGUGUUCCACAUUGAUCAGUUUGUCUGUAAAAUCAACUUCAUAUUAAUUGUUUUUUUUUUUCAUUUUCAGCUCAGAAUGACUUACUGAAGUGCUUCCUCAGUAAACAUUUCCUUACUCUAGUACAAACAACCAUCUAGGAACACAAAUCUGCAGAAAUUCUGGUAAAAGACAAUAUAGGUGGGCACUGGGAUGGAACAGUGGUCUAACCUGCUAGCAUUCAAAUCGAAUACUCAAUGGUCAUGGUCAAAUCCAGCAAAGUAAACCAAAGCUCUCGUAUUUAGUUUUCUGGUUCUUUGCUUCCUUUUUAAUUAGAUUUAAAAAUGCCGGUUCAGGAUUUCAUUGUACGUUCUGUGCUGCAGAUUUCUUUUUCCAGUCGGUCCUUCCAAUUCCACUUAAAGACGUCGGUCGUUCGGUCGGUUCCUUCAGCAAAAUCACUCCUAGAUAAAUAAGUGCAGCGUUUCUCGGUUAUGUGCCGUGUCUAUUUUAAGCCGUGUUUUCAUCCACUAGACAAUAAUAAAAAACGAACUGAAAUGAACUGAAGGCGAUACAGAACAAAGGGGUUUAAAACAACAGUGUCCUGAUGCAGCUCAUUCGCUUCUUUAGAAUCAGAAUCUGCAUUGCUGCUUGUUUUGCUGCUUUUAACGGUCGGGUUAUGAAGUGUCGGUUUUAAGAAGGCUAGAAAUAUGUGAUCGCUUAUACGCACAUCGUCAAUUAAUUUAAUCCAUCUAUUACUAAACUGUAUUAAACAGUGUUUCAGUGUAGCUAUAUGAAUAGGUACUAAUUUGAUCUUAGUACAGUAGUGUGUGCAGUUUGGGACUUUAUAUUUACCAGUCAGUGCAGAGGUGCGUGUGUAUUUCUGAACUGUUUACUUUUCUACACUUUAGCAAAUUCUGCUAAUUGUAUUUUUAAGUUGUCUUUCAUACAAACGACAUACUAAAGAAAGUUUAAAUAACUGUACAGUGGUUUGUGAAUGAGUGUGAAUAUUUUAUUAUUUGUGGAUAACACAAACAUUGUAAUUGUAAUGCACCUGUUAUGACAGGUAUGGAAACAUCUGAACUCUAGACUGAAUGUUAAAAAAGGAAACAUGGUUGUAGCUUUGUUGUGUUUUUAUGCUUUUUUAUGUUUUAUUGCCUGUUGAAACUGAAAUGAUUAAAAGGUCACUGACGGCUUUUGACUGA